GACUACGAAGCGCGCCGCCGUGCAAAAUAUGGGGGCGCGCUCUUUAUGGCAGGUCUCGAAAGAGGGGGAGCAGCAGCGCACGAGCGCGCCGUCGUUGUCAGGGACGGGGUACAGCUGGGAAAAACACAUACACACGCACGCACACCCCCGUCUCUCUCACACACGCGCAUAAGGCAAACGCGACUUUAACAGAGGCAAGACGUUACUAAUGCUGGCAUCGCGGAGCGAGAGAGCGUGAGCAUGCGGAGCAGGGACUGCAGUAGACCUUUGUUUGUUUCCUGGAAACCCUGGAGCGCGAGGGAAUAAAAUGGAGUGGUAGGGGCUCCGAGGCGCGAGAGGCGCGUCCACCUGCUGCUCGCCCGGGAGAGAGGAAACAUGACGAACCCGCUACAUUGAAGGGAGUUAAAAACAUAUGACAACAUAACACACGCCUGACGAUCAAACGGACUCUUAGAAGCGGGCGGGACGCGCGGCCCUGGUGGAACGGGAGGCUGGUCAGUGGUAAUUAUGUUAUUGAGAGAGAGAUUCAGUUCAGUCUGAUGGAUGUUCUACAGGAGUCCCGAUUCUCAGGGGCAGAUCACAACCCCUGCCCAGGAGAUCCUAGUGAAAAUGAACCACAUGACCCAUUGGUGGAUGUGUCACAUGAUUUAAGGCGCUGUGAUGACAUCGAACCUGCUGUGCUGUCCCUUCCCUCCCUCUGUGCCCAGAGUCAGACAGCUGAUGGGCCACUUAGCCCAGCUGACCUACAUGAUGGGUCUGUCUCCAACACCACCUCUUUGUCCUCUCUCUCUUCAUUUUCCUCUCUUUCCUCCCUGUCAUCUAUCUCUUCUGUGCCAUGUUCCAAACCUGUGACGCCCUGGGCUGUUUCACAGACCUGUGACAGGUCAUCCCUCUCUAACAUGGACUCGAGGGUUGGAGACUGCCUUAGCUGUCUGAUCCCCAAAAACUCUUCAGAACCGGAAUCCUGUGAGUCCGUGCUCAGCUUUGCCAGCAUCAACUUGCAAUGCCUUGGCCCCACCCCCAGCACAGGUCGCUAUGGUGAUCAGGUUCUGUCUGACCAGCUACUCAGUGGCCCCGCCCAUCCAGCUGGAACCAGUGAUGGUGCUGAGGAAGGGAGGUCGAUGCAGGAGAGUGAAUCAGAUGAUGAUCCUGCAUCCAGGAGUAUAUACGAAGGUCUUGGAGAGGAAGCACAGGACUGGAGCUGUUUAGAGACUCUCAUCAGUGAGAGCCGUAUGGAGCUGUUGGACUUAUGCUCCCGCAGUGAACUUGCAGUCAAUCUGUUCUGUGAGGAAGAUGUGGAGAAUUACAUGUUUCAGGAGGAGGAGGCAGCACUCAGUACUGAUGUCUGCUCACUUAAGAUACGCUAUGAGUCCUAUCAGGACGGAGUGCAGGAGAGGAGUGAGUCUGCCCUGCAGGAUGAAUCUCAGCUAGGUUUCUUUCCCAGCUUACCUUGUAGUAAAAAGGAGCUAAAAGAGAAACCAAACCAAUCAUCUGAGAUUAAGGCCGAUGAUCAUGUGACCCCCAAUAUUAGCCCAGACAGUAACAUUUUUUUUGAUCUCAGUAACUCACCAGAAGAUUCUGGUGAAUUUAGUGAUGAUAGCUCUUGCACGGGCUCCCCUGACCAUGGACUCUCCCUGCGUAAUGGCCGUCUGUCCAGAGAAAACUCGAGCUCGUCCAGCCAACUAAGCUACCGCCUCCGAGCUAAGAGGAAGGUGGCCUAUCGAGAAGACUACCUGUAUGAUGUAGACUCUAUAGAAAGUGAAAGAAAUGCAGAGAAACGUGAUAAACAGCCCACUGGCCUUAAGAAGGAGCGUGAUGAUGACUGGUGUCCAAAGAAGAAGCGGCGAUCUAAUCGGAGGGAGCCUCCUGUCAUUAUAAAAUACAUCAUCAUCAACCGUUUUAAAGGCCAGAGGCACAUGAGAGUAAAGCUGGGACGGGUUGACCCAUCACCUGCUGCGGUCUGUUUGAGUCCAAAUGCACUGCUGCACUAUGAAAGACUCGCACCAUUAAAAGCCUACUGGCAGAAAAGAGAGAAGGAACAAGAAGAACAGAAUAGAUUGACAGCUACAGAAAGAACCAAACGUCUCAAUGGUUGCAAAAGACUAAGCAGUACGCUCAAACGAAAGCACAGGAUGGCCAGAGUCAGAAUCCAGCAGAUCCAUGCAGUAGAGAAUUCUCUCACCUGCCAAACUAUAGUUGUCUCCACCAACAAUCAGCCAGGGGAGACUGAAUCACUGAUAAGCACAGAGGAACCAAAAGAGGACAUGGCCUUCGUUAAACACACUGCCAGGGCAAAAAGCAGAACACAGGAGAGAGAGGAGAGAAGAAAGGCAGGCAAAACAGGGAAGAUAAAAAAAUUUAAAAGUGAAGCAAUGCUUAAGUUGAAAAUACUAGAGACUGAGCAAGAAGCUGAGACACAGGAAGACCCUGAAGCCUCUGAGACUGAGCAGUGCAUCACAUGUUUACCAGAAAAUCUUACUGACUCUUUAGAAAGUAAUGUUAUCUCAAACAAGACCUCCAGUAGUGUCCCUGAAAAAUGCACUUUGACCCCAACUGCUCAGGGGACUGCUGGAAAUGCAGAGCUCCUCCCAGGGGGAUACCUACAGACUCUUUUGGAAGCCUCUGAGUCAUCCAGCAGUGGCAACCUCCCAUAUUUCCAUUCGGAAAUGCAGAAUGCCAGAGUGCAGCCUGUUCAGAGCUGUGUCCUCUCUCCCCCAUCUGAAUCUGAGCUAAAUCACUCGCCUUCACCUGUGCACCACGGGCAACACCCCACACACUAUGCUGAGCCCAACCUUACUGAACCAAACCAAUCCAUUUCAUGGCCAUCUCAGCCAUCUUCUGAACAGCUGCCAUUCUCACCUGACAUCCCAACCCAGUCUCCUGUGAUGCCAUCAGGCUUCCCCACACCGUUGCCUGUGUUAGCAGGAGAUGGCACACCUGUGGCAGGAUAUGGUCAGGUGUCUCUGUCAGGGUGCAGGGUGUCAUAUGAGGAGUCCCAACCUGAAGGUGAUUAUGGAAUGAGUCCACCUGGGUCUCGGAGUGACAGUGGUGUGGGGCGACUAGUUAGCUUUAACUCCUUAGGGUCACUUUCUGCCACUUCUAGCAAUUACAGCUCACUCAGCCUGAGAGAAGGAGAGAGAGAGAGAGAAGAAGAGAUUGCUGAGAUAAAUGAUGGGUUUCUGCCACACUGCAGCCCGCGACUUAUCCUACAGCAAAGUCUUGAGGAGGUCGCUCCCCUUCGAGAGUCCACAGACCUCCUGGAUAUCUCCAACUUUACCCCUGAUAAAUUCCGCCAUUCAUCACUAUCUGAGAUGUCCCCACCAGACACGCCUAACUCUUCUCCUCAGCUUCUGGGGAACUGUGCGAAACUUGGUGAGUUCUCAGAGUCAGGAGAUGCAAACGUACAGUGGAAUUGUGGAGUUGUCCCGCAGCUUGAUCAAGAUGGCGCAGGAAACACGCACCUCCUUCAGAUACACUCUUUUAACACAGAGGAGGAAGAAGUGGGGCUUAGAGAUCACAAAAACUCGACAAAAAAGGGUGGAAAAAAUGGACAAGGUGCUAAAAAGACCAAAACUUCUAAAAUUGCGAAAGGAGAUAAAGUGAAGCUCCCACGUCAGGGCUCUCGGUCUGUACGAAAGAUUAAAGCCUUGCUCGAAGGAAAAGCGGCCAAAAGUGGGGGAGGGUCAGGGAGUGGUGCUUCAUCACCCACCCCAUCACUUGGGAUGACUGGAGCUCAAGGGGAGUGGCCUAACACUGGAGGACUGUCAAAUGAUGACCAACGAGAGUUUCAGGAACCUUCAAACAUCCUGUCCAAUAUAGUGUCCGGCAUGGCUGAAGUACAGCGCUUUAUGAGGGCCUCCGUGGAACCUCUUUGGGGGCCCUGCCUAUCACCAGGUCAGCAUGCCCUCCAGAGCCAGACACUGAAGAUUCUGGGUAGUGCCGCUGACCUUAAAAAGCGUGGUGGUGCCUCAGGGGGAGGUAAAGGAAAGAAAGGAGCUGGUCGUGGUGCUAAAACACUGCCUAAACUUCUCCCACCAGGCUUCUUUCCUCCCCUUGGAUUGGACUGCCUCCCACUUCCACACCGCCCAGCCCACAAAAAAAUGUAUCGUCAUAAAAGCAGCGCUAAGUUUGCCCGUGAGGAACUCUUAGCAGGCAAAAGGGACAUAAAAGGAGUAGCACUGACCGCUUUGGUAGAGAAACGGAGCUAUAACACUCUAUGUGUUAAAUCAGUGUCACAACACCAAGCCCAGCGUCCUGCUCUGUCUCUCAGAAAAUGGUUGCCUUCUGUUCAGGGGUCAAAAGUCAUGUGUAGUAUAUUUUGAUAAGAAAUAUUUUCCCCUUGUUAUUGUGCCAAACUGUCAGAACUUUGGGCUUUGACGUAUUGAAAGAAAAGAAUUCUUGAGCAAGAUGCUCUUGUUUUCUGAAACUUGCCAGUCUUAAAUGAGAUUUUUUCCUCAUCGUUCUUUGUUUUUAAGUUGUGAAUGGGGGUUCAUUCAUCUGUGAUCCAGUGAAUAUCCUCCUGCCAGUAUCAGAAUGCUGUUGUACACAAACAUAUGCACUAUUUACAAAACAAGAUUAUAUCAGACAUGUUUAAAUUAAUGUGCCAAACUAUGAACAUUUAAGUGUACAGACAUUUUUAUCUACGUAAAUAUUUGCUGUUUUAUAACGUGGCAGUGAUCGGGGACCGUGUGUGUGCCUGGGAUGGGGUGGGGGGUUGUUAAUCUGAGAUUUAAUUUUGUUGCAUCACAUUUGUAUAAACAGCCAGCAGUGAGGAGUCAUCUUAAAAGUCAAAAGAAAAAGUUGUUUAAUUUCUGUAUUUUACGCUCCUGACUAGGCAUUAGAGGCAUGACGUGAGAGAUGCAUGAUGAGAAAUAAUGGCAGAGGAAAGUUUGUUCGAUUUUCCGUCUUGGAUGGUAAAAGAUUGCUGUAUGUGUAUAAGAAAGUAACAAAGGAGUCAUUCCCGCAUAUUUAAUGCAUUCUAACGUUUACAUCCCAAAACUUCUAGUUUAGCUCUUUGUAGAUCUCCCGUGUACUUCUGCUAUCAUGAAGUUUACUCCAUUAAAACCAGUUAAGAACAGGACCAAAUAUUUUUUCUGUUCAUUAUUUGUAAUUUGUUGCUAGUGAUGUGCAUGCAUUUAAACAUGAUAUGAAUUUGUACUGUGAAUGCUGAUCCCCGAAUUUAUUUCUACUUUCAUUUCUGAUUUCAUAGUUUUUCUCUUGUUAAAAUGUUAUUUGUUGUGUAUAAAAGAGGGAAAGAUGACAACCCCCAUAUUCCGUUUACUUCAUUAUUGCAGAAUCUAGUCCCAAAGUUCCUUUUUUUUUAUAUUAUGCCAGAAGAAAGAACGUUUCUUUUGCUCUUUUGGUGACUGACAGAAACACUUUUGAGUUCUUUGACAUCACAUGUUAUUGAAACUUGAAGGUUUCACCAAGCUUAGCUGGUGCAAAUACUUUACACAUUGCUGUUAAUUAAUUUGCAUUACAUUACUGUGAAAAACAUUUCUAUGAAAAUGUUGGGGGAAACAGGUGCAGAUGAGAAGUGACACUCCGCAGCUGGUGGUGUGAUUCAGAAAGUCUUAAUUUUAAGGGGAACUAAUUACAGUUUCCCAGCCAAAUCAGCCUCACCAAGAAAAAUAAUGUAAAAAUCAUUUAUAUAAUCAAUUUAAUAUCAUCCAAGUGAUUUUUCUCCCUAUGCUGAGCGAAUGAAGAUGUAAAACAGUUGGUUCAGGUCCGUUGGCUCAGGGAACCCAACUGCAUUUACAUCUGUCAUUCCCACAGCUGCCCAUCUUUACAGUAAGCUCUCAGUGCUGCCCCCUGCUGUACUGUUAUUAAAUGGCACUGCUGUUGUUGAACCUGCCGUAAGGGUCUAUUAAAAUCUGCAGGGCAUCUGUGAUGUCAGUGCAGUAAGUUGUUGUUCACAUUUUGAGAGCAGAGCUAAAUGAAGGUGUUUAUAUUCAAAAAGUUAUUUCCCUGUAAGUGCAUAAUGUAAAAUUAAAACAGGCAUAUCAAAAACUUAAUUGUGCCCUAUUUAUGAAUGUAUUAUAUUGUCGAGUUGGAAGUAUUUUUUUCAUGAUUUAUUUGACACACUACAUUACUUGUAACUCCUUUUGCCUUUUUCUCAUCAUCAAGGAAAAAAUAAACUGUUUCUACUACCUGGUCAGUCUUCGCCAGGUGGAUUCUCGAUGACUCUUGAUGUAAGAAAAAAUGAUGACCUGUAUAUUUUUCAUUGUGCCAAUUUGUAACAUAUUUUCUAAGUGUAUAUUUUUCUUAGAAAGUGAUGUGAGGUCGUUCUUACUGUGGCUUCUGUUUUUCCCUUUUCAGCAAGUGAAAAGGUUGCUAAUUGCCAUGAUGUUUUCUUUCUUUUUCUUUCUCUCUCUCUCUUAUUUGUUUUUUGUUUGUUUGUUCGUUUGUUUUAAACCAAAAAUUUUAAAAAUUCUAAAAAAAAAAAUGAAAUACAUAAAAAAACUAUUGUAAAGGAGAGAGAAAGAGAGCAAGCUGUGACUUUGUUGAGAGUUUUUUUGUAAUUGGACCAAUCUUGUUGUAAGAGUGUCGUGCUCUAGUACAAAUAUAUAUUAAUUUAAAGAAAAAAGAAACAAUGAAAACAGACAGUGGAACAAUUACACUAAUUUGUGAUCUCAUUGCUGUUUUAUAGAUUUUCAUGUAAAUUAUUCUAGUAUUUUGUUUUUGUUGUAUCUGUCACAAAAGUUGAAAUAUUUGUGAUCAAGCCUGUAUGGUGACAAAUGUAAUAUUGGUAACUUGCUGAGUUUUGUAAUCAUGUUUAUGGAAUAAAUAUUAAUUAAAAGAGCUUUUGAUCACUUGUUUCAGUA